AUGCAGGAAGCUGGCAAUGACAUGGAGCCGUUUGAGGUGAACAACAAUGGAAGGCAGGUUAUGGUGAAACUGGCCGGAGAGAAAGUUCUCACCUUUUUGCAGAAGGUGUUCGAUUUGGAGGCGGUUGAAGCGACCCAGCAAGGAAGUGAGCCAGAGGUGGUGCUGGAGAAGGGAUUUGUGGUGGAGUUGAAGCAGCCGCAAUAUUUUGGAAGUCGCAGUGAAGCAUUGCGCUUGGUUCGUGACGUUGCGCCUGAGCUUCGCUGGUCGCGUGUGAUUCCCAUGAAGCAAGGAAGUCAGCUUCGCUGCUGGGCUGCUGCUACCAAAUCUGUGUGGCUGGCGAGCGAGAAGAAGCUGGCCGUGCUUGGGGUCGUUCGCCUAGUUGACCAUGAAGAAGCUAAGAAAUCUGCCGAG